UUGUAAAAUCAUCUGUUCAUUAAAUUCGAAGAAUUAGAAUUAUGCUGACUGCAAGCACUUUGUGUUCUUUACUGUUUAUUGUGUAAUCUUAUUUUUUGUGUUAUUAAAUUUUAAAUGUUUUGAAAUCAAAGACUAUGAAUUCAAAUCGACAAACUCACCGUGGUUUCGGCAGAGGAGAACUUCUACGAAGAUUGGCAGCAAACGCUGCUGCAAGUUCAUCGUCAACAUCGGAUGAAACUCGUAGUAAUAUCUCAUCAGCUACAUCCACGGAUUCUUUACUGGAUGACACAACAACCACGAAUAAUACCAGUUUAUCACCAGCUGACGUUGGUAUCUUAAAUUGUAGUACUACAUCAACCGAUUUUAAUGAUACGGGCUUCAAUUCAACAUUGACCACCAACGGUAAUGCGCGACCUCAAGGCCGGGGACGUUUGCUGCAAAGUAUGCUGCUUGCCCAACAAUCAAUUUCCAAUAAUUCGUUUAAUUUGGAGUCUGAGCCAAAACCAUUCGGUAUGGGACGUGGCAGAUUGUUAAAGGCUCUGGCUGAAGCAAAUCACCAAGCUGAGAAGAAAGCAGAGGAAAGUGUGGCGAACGUUGAAGACUCAAUUGAAAAUUUGUCGCUGGGAAGUUCGGAAGAGGAGCCAGUUAUUCGAAGAGGAACAAGCGGAAGGGACGUUGAAAUUAUGACCAACUUCCUGGAACUGCGCUUCGAUUCAAACAAAGGAGUUUUUUACUACGAAGUCCGUUACACUCCCGAUGUGCAUGCCAAAAACUUGCGGGAAAAAUUGCUGAGUCAACACAAAGGGGUGAUAGGAAGCACACGAACAUUUGAUGGUGUCACCCUAUACUUACCGAUAAAGCUACCGAACCAAAUCACCGAAUUAACAUCAGAGAGUCCAACCGACGGUACCACAUACCAACUGCGCAUAAUUUUUAAACGAAAAAUGAGGAUGAGCGAGUGCACACAUCUCUACAACGUUCUGUUCGAUCGGAUUAUGAAACAGUUGCAAUACGUUCGUUUCGGCCGUAAAAAAUUCGAUCCCACCGCUCCGAAAGUGAUACCGCAACACAAAUUGGAAGUGUGGCCAGGAUAUGUGACAGCUGUUGACGAAUACGAGGAUGGUAUAAUGUUGAAUUUGGACGUGUCACAUCGAUUGCUGUGCAAGAGCACCGUCCUGGAAAUGAUGGUCAAUAUUCACAGAUCUGAUAAGGAGAAUUUCCAAGGCAAUGCUGUGACCGCACUGCUGGGUAGUGUCGUGCUAACUCGAUACAACAAUCGAACAUAUCGAGUCGACGAUGUUGAUUUCGAUGCGUCACCGAAAAGUACAUUCAAGAUGAAUGAUCGCGACAUAUCGUACAUUGAUUACUAUAUGUCACAUUAUGGUAUCCACAUAAUGGAUGAGAAUCAGCCGUUACUGGUUCAUAGAGAAGAGCGCCGCGUCGCCGGUCAGAAAGAAAAAGAAACGAUCACGUUCUUCCUAGUGCCAGAAAUAUGCUACUUGACUGGCAUAACGGACACAUUGAGAUCUGAUCAGAAGGUAAUGCGAGAUAUUGCCACCAUCACCAGAGUGACACCCGAGCAGCGAAUGCAUGCGUACGAAAAGUUCUGCGACAAUGUCAAUAACAGUCCAGAAGCGACUGCAAUUCUGCAAAAUUGGGGCCUGUCGCUGGGUGGACCGCGCAAAAUUUGGGGCAGACAAUUGGAAAAUGAAACCGUUACGUUCGGUAAUGGUAAAUGCAUUGCCGAGAGGGGAGAUUUCAAUAAAUUCGUGGCGAAUCACAGCAUGUUGAAGGUGAUCGAUCUGAAGAGCUGGUUGAUUCUCUAUACGCGACGAGAUGAAAAAGCCACAAAAUCUUUCGUCGAAUUAAUGCAACUAAAUGCAACACCUAUGGGCAUGGAUGUGUGCCGUCCGCGAAUAGAAUGUCUGCAAGAUGAAAAAACGGAAACAUACGUCAGGAAAUUACGCAGUUGCAUUAAUUCAUCGCUCCAAAUUAUUGUUUUGGUAUGUCCGUCUAGCAGAGACGACAGGUAUGCAGCAAUUAAGAAAGUUUGCUGUGCCGAGUUGCCGAUUCCUACACAGGUUAUCAAUGGACGAACGCUGAGCAACGAGGCGAAAAAUCGAGCAAUUGUUCAAAAAAUUGCACUUCAAAUGAACUGCAAAAUGGGCGGCGCAUUGUGGGCGAUCAACAUUCCACUCAAAAAUGGUAUGAUCUGUGGCAUUGACACGUAUCACGAUGCGGACAAGAAGAAAAAUUCCGUCUCUGCAUUUGUUGCCUCUCUGAAUGCAACAUUCACGCAAUGGUUUAGUCGGGCGACGGUUCAAUCGUGCAAGGAAGAACUUUUGAAUGGAUUGUGUCAGUCGUUGAUUGCUGCGCUGACAGCUUAUAAGAAUAACAACGGUGAAUAUCCUGCUAAAAUUAUCGUUUAUCGUGACGGUGUCGGUGACGGUCAACUUGCUGUGGUCAAAGAAUACGAACUUCCUCAGAUGAGAAAUGCGUGUAAAUUGCUUGACGAGAACUAUGAUCCUGCGUUUACGUUUAUUGUGGUGCAGAAGCGGAUACAUGCACGACUCUUUGCCGUCCAUGGUGGUAAAUUGGAGAAUCCAGAGCCAGGUUGUGUUAUCGAUCACACAAUAACUCGUCGCUUUUUGUAUGACUUUUUCCUGGUGCCUCAGAGUGUGCGUCAAGGAACGGUGACUCCUACGCAUUACAUUGUUAUUGAAGACACAUCAGAUUAUCCACCGGAUGUACUACAAAGGCUCAGCUACAAAUUGUGUUACCUGUAUUAUAAUUGGCCGGGAAGUGUGCGUGUACCUGCUUGUUGUCAGUACGCUCACAAAUUGGCUUACCUUGUUGGACAGUCGAUCAAACGUCAACCGGCUGAAAGCCUUUCCGAUAAACUUUUCUUUUUGUAAUUCCAAAGAAUUUUUGAUGUUUUUUGCUCGUGCAAUUGAAUUAAUGUGAGUUUUUCCUAGAUUUUUUAAUUUUACAAUUUGAAUUUUACGAACUAGUGCGUCAAACGAUCAUUUUAUCGAACAAAGCGAUAUUUCUAUUUUUUAAUGAAAUUAUUGAAUCUUAAAAUUAAUGUUAAAGAGUGUCGUUGUCUCAAAAAUUAAUUUAAAUCAGAAAAUAUGACGACUAUGAAGAAGA